GACUUUUCCCACCACCAACCCAGCUGAGUGACUUACAUGCUUGCUCUGACCCUCUCUGUCUCAAGGCUGUCACGAUUAUAACCCAUGGACUGGUACUCAGAUGCGCGGAUGCACUCCGCAGGUCCAUCCAAGUAUGUCAGGCUGCCGCGAGUCGCCCCUCCAGGCGGCGGCGCGAUUGCGAUCAGCGAGGAUGGGCGGCGCUCAGUCGUCGCGGGGAAGGAAUCCCUACGCAUCGUCCGCGUAUCCGCACCCGACCAAAUGCCGACCACAGAGCACAAGUUCGCCGUAGGGCCCGGCGGCUACCGCGUCGACGCCUCGCGCAAUAUGUGGGACGGCAGCGGGCUCAAGAUGGACAGCGCGAGCACGGACGUGAGCUGGGCAAAGGGCCCCUUCGACCACAAGAUCCUCACUAGCGCGCGGAACGGCGAGCUCAUCAUGUGGGACCUCAACAAGAGCGGGCCGACAAAGUACGAGCGCCGCGCGAAGGACCAUGCACGAUCUAUCCACCAGCUUGCGGUGUCGGCUGUAGUACACCAUUAUGCGAUAACGGGCUCUGCGGACGCUGACCUGCGCGUCUGGGACCUGCGCGAUAUGCGGAAGUCUAUCAUGCGUAUUAAGCAUCCAGCUGCUGUGCGCGCUCUCGCGUUCUCCCCGUCGAACACAACCCCUCUUCAAGCUCUUACCGGUCUCGAUAGCGGCGCUCUCCACCGUUGGGAUCUGCGCGUUGGCCAGCGUGGUCAACUCGAUCGUUCCCCGGUCGCCCACGCCGGCCCCGUCACGGAUGUUGAUUGGGUUAGUGGAUGGGCUGCCUCCGCCGGCCUCGACGCGACUGUUCGCGUCUGGGACGUCGCCUCCCUCCGCAAUACCUACACCCUUCGACCCGCCCGCGCUCCACGUCGCGCGAUCUGGCGCCCCGGCUCCGAGACCGAACUCGCCCUCAUGCCCGCCGAGCCAGCAGAAACCGACACCGUUGACAUAUGGGACGUCCGCCGCGGCUGGAUAGCGAAGUGGGCCAUCCCUGGGACCGCCCUCGACGGCGGCGUCGCCGGCAUCGCGUUCGGCGGGACAGACGCGCUAUGGGCGCAGCAUACGUCCGGCGCGUUCGUGCAGUAUGACCUGCGCGACUGUACGCGUCCGCUUGAUACCAUACCUAGAGUGGCGGCGGCUUGGGAGCCUGCUGGCUCGCUGGCGUUGGUAACUGACCGUCCAGAUCCGUGGGAGGUGCCUUAUGACGAUGUCUCGCCAGAAAGGCAGGUUCUACGACCGAAGACAAUCGGCGAUCCUCCCUUCCGCCCGAGGACCCAGACUGUUGCGACAUGCGUGCCAACAUCUCAGAACGAUGAUUUGGAUGUAUUUGUUGCCCUCGCUCGCGACUAUCUCUUUGAAGGCGCCGACAAGCAAUUAUUGUGCGUCCACAACGCCCAGGCGGCUAUCCGAAUGGGCAAGUUGGAUGUGGGGCAAACAUGGCUUCUACUGGGGUCGACUCUCAAGGAUGUAAUACCUCAGGAAGAGGAAACGACGACGCCUGAACCGUCCAAGCCUAAACACCCCAGUCCACCACUCGUGCACUCUAUGUCGGCUCCUGCGACCAUCCCCAGCUACCGCUUUCCUGGUCAUGACCUCUCGGAGAUACCGUCACGAAGUCCCUCUCGCCAGUCCACACAGUCGCCGCAGUCCGGACGCUCUCCCGCCGUCACGCGUCGUCCUUCCGCCUUCCGCAGGCCGUCGAUGGCCGUAUCGAGUCCUGGGGACAAAAGCUUUCCUCAUGUCGGCGAGGGCGCGUUGGACGACUCCGACGAAUCUUCGUCUGGCGGAGAAUUACCCGUACGGCCUGCUCAUGCAAGUAGCAUUCACGCGCCUGCAAACGAUGACAGCGAUUCACCCUCGCCUGCCUCCACCGAUUCCGAAUCCCAUCCCGUUUCCGUAGUUCGCCGACGCAGCCGCAGCGCAGCGAUCUCGCGCAGUCGAGGGCGAAGUCGUAGCGGGACGCUUGCCCGCGGUGGGCCGCCACGACUCACCCGCCAGGAGUCCAAUACCAGCGUGCGCACUGUAAUUGCAGAGGAUGCGCAGAAUCACCAUCCCACGCGACCCCCGCUGCAGCAGGAAGAGACGUUGCGCGAUAUUCGGGCGUUGAAGGAAGAGGAAAAGGCAAGAAGGCGAAAGUUGGAAGAAUCUGCGGCGAGGACGGAGCGGAGACCGGAAGUUGUUGCCGAGGACGAGGAGCGGCUGCGGAAUCUGGCCUGGACAGCUUUGAAGGGUGCACUUGAGCUGUUCGCGGAGCAGGGGGAUGUGCAGACAUGCGCGAUGCUCGUGCUAGUCGCGGGUGCGGAACUCCGCGUUGGCCCUCGUCGAAUAUCCCGCUUUGUCGACGCGUACCUUGACAUCCUUUCGCGACUGCAACUCCAUACCUCUGCUGCCUACGUACGCAAGUUUUGCGCCGUGGACGAUGCAAAGAAGGAGAGCACCAUGGAAACAACGAUCUAUACCGCGUGCAUGAAGUGCAAGCGUGCUAUCAUUGCGCCUCCUGCAGCUGCCCGUGGCGCCUUCGCUUACUGCCCUUCUUGCAGGGCCUUCUUUUUGUGUGCUAUCUGCCGCCUUCCCGUCCGCGGCCUACUCUUUCACUGCGCGCUAUGCGGCCACGGCGGUCACCAGGCAUGCUAUCGCGAAUACUAUCUCCCUCGACCGAUGGUUGAGAUGCCGAACGCAACGCUGCCGGAAAGCCGUGGUCGUUCAUUGACGAGGCCGGAUGCAGACGCGGCGACAGACACAACAACGGAUGCUGGUGCUCCAACAAGCGUAGGCAAUCGCAACGCAACGACAACCCAGGUUCUAGCGGGCCAUCCCUGUGCGACGGGUUGCGGCCAUUUUUGUUGGGCGGCGGGGGCUGUUGUGGAUGUUGCGGCAUGAUUGUUCGGCAGACCGAACGAGAUUCGAGCGGUCUUACUGCAGUCGUGUCAUAGCUGUUGUAUGUGUAUGUCAUAUUUCGGUGAAUAUGGAUUCUCUGACCAGUGCAUAAAUAUCU